AUGAACUUUGAGCAGGCCCAACCCGAUCAAGAAUCUACCUUGGUCUACUCCCUCAUGUACCCAGCAUCCUCAAAUUCAUCCAUCAAUGUUUGGCCAAUGAUGGAAGAUAUGGCCUCAUUGGUGGUCUCGCAGACUGUUUCCCCAAUGGCUAGAUCAAAGAACAGAUCACCUAUGAAUUCUGCAGUAAUCACGAUGAUCAAACACUUUUUCAUCAUCCAUCAAUUCAAUUGUCAUCUGAAGGAGUCAACCUCAAGUUCAAGAUUGUCAUCAUUCUGGAUCCAGCUUAGGGAUCUGCGUGUAGGGAUUAGCAUGAGUAAACAUACAGUCAAAGUGGGUGGAGAGUUGAACUGCAAGGUGCAAGGCCAGUGCUUCCAUGAGAAGGGCGAUAGCCUGAUCCAAGCCUUCACCAUUGCCUUGGUGAAUUGGAGUGCAAGCAGCUUUGGCAUCGAAUCAGUGCAUGGGUGA